CGUUUCUCUGUGGAAGUGCUGACCACCUCAUGGCUCCUCUGACCUCUGUUCUGCCCGUGGAAGGGGCCCCCCUGCAGCCUCUGCCACUAUCACCUGUUGGGUGGUACAAUGCUGUUCUCCAGCCAGCCUUCCACCUCCCCUACCCAGAUGACACACUGGCCUUCGUGGUCCUCAGCACGCCAUCCAUGUUUGACAAGGCCCUUAAGCCUUUUGUGAGCAAAGAACGAUUAAAAAUAAUCAGGGAUCCUGUAGAUCAGUGUGUUUCCCAUCAUUUAUCACGUGUGAAGGAGAAAUUCCCUGACCAGAGGGUGGAUAUCAUGUUUGAUUACGAGAUGCUGCCGAGCCGAAAGCCCAAGUUCCUGGCACAGACAGCUGCCCACGUUGCUGGAGCUGCAUAUUACUACCAAAGGAAGGAUGUGAAGCUCGAUCCUUGGGGGAAAAAGAAGAUCUUUGGCGUUUGUAUCCAUCCCAAGUAUGGUGGCUGGUUUGCUAUCCGAGCUCUGCUGCUCUUCCCGGCCAUCCAGGUGCCGUUCCUGGAGCAGCCCCCCCCUGUGGACUGUGUGAGCUCCGAGGAGAAGAGGAUUGAGCUGCUGGAGCUGUUCAACUUCCACUGGCAGGACGGCCGCUACAGGGACAUCAUUGAAGUGAAGGAAAGGUACUCGGAGGAGCAGAAAACCUACUUUGCCACUCCUCCAGCCGAGAGAUUCCGGCUGCUGGGGCUCUCACAGGAAGCCCAGAGAAUCACAUUUCACUGAGAAACCGGCUCCGCGGAGGGCAGAGGGCAGCAAAGGGUCACUCAUGAGCACCGGCUUUUCCCGGUACCGAGGAGGAGGAGGAGGAGGAUGGUUAUGCUGGUACAGACAUGGCAAAUCCGAGCAGCCUCAAUGCAAACAUUGCAAUCAAAGCUCCCCAAAGAGAGGAGCACUGCUCUGCUCUCUGUUCUGUGCUGCUGCUGAUCUGGGGUGUCCUUUGGGGAGCCCAGUGAGCUGCCAUUAGCCUUUGGUUGGGAGUAGUUUAGACAUCCUGGCAACUUCAAAAUCGAUGCUGCUCAUUAGAAAAAUCACUCUUGUUCUCAAAAAUUUUCUUUCUGAAGGUUCUGUUUUUAUUCUUUGUAGGUGUAAAAAAAAAAUCAGUAGUUGUACUACUUAGUUGGAUUUUGUCUAAACUUGGGGCAGGUACUUUUUUAGAUGUAGCCAGCCAUUUUAUUAACCCUCCCUAGGGAACACAUGUCCAGUCUUUAUAGCCUUGCCUAGGUCACAUUUAAGCAUUUAUCCAUUCAUAGAGCUGACUGGAAUAUUUGGAAAGAUGCUGAGUAAUGUCCAUAUGAUUGGAGGUUUUACUCACGUUAAGAUAACUGAAAAAGACAAUUCUCAUGGCCUUUUCUAAGGUAGACCACAUUUGUGUUGAAAGUAUUUUUCAGUGCCAGCACACAGCACACCCCCCACAGUUACUGCCACACUUUCCUGGUGUGCUUUCUUUGUGGGAAAGACUGUAAACCUGCACACAUGUAAAAGCCAUGGCACAAGGCCUUGCCACAUGCACAGGCAAACAAGCACAGAAGAAAGGGAAAUAUUAAUGACAUUUAUGUUUCUCAGAUUGCUGGAUUAAACAUGUUCAGACAGAAGCAACAUUUUUUCCAUUACUUUGUCCUGUUACAUUUGUUCAGAGGCUACAAUGCACCUGGAAAUCAGGAAUUAAUUUCUCUGAGCAAUUUGAGGCUCAGAUCUCGUUAAAGUAAUAUAAUACAUUAAAAUAAUAUUUUAUGGGAAUUGUUUUACUAGACUGCUGUGCAAUGCUGCAAAUGGACAGGCACUUUUUUCCCUUUGAGGGUACUAACACGAUGAUGAAGAAAUACUCACUUUGCAGAACUGAGCCCUUUCUUUUUAUGUUGGGAUUCUUCAAAGCUUUGGAGACUCCACCAGGAAGGUUGCCCUCACCAUUGAUACAGUUGCUCACAGUCAGUACACUAACUCAUUGUAAUCCAAAUUCAGGAUAACAAGUUUGCUGCCCUGUAGACAGAGUAGUGAGCGUGUGAUCACUGGGUUUGUUCACUGCAUUUGCUGUUACAAAAAAUUCUUUGUUGCUUUCCAUGCUUUGUUCAUCUCUGACUAAGGCAGACACCUGACUUAGAACGUGAUAGAGGUAUUGUGAUGUUUAAUUUAAGGUAAAGAAUGAAAUUUGUUUAAAAUCUGUUCUUUUGUUACAGAAUUACUUCUGGUUCAAAUUUGUUUGAUGUUUCAGAACUUUGAAACUGAACUGUAAUUUAACAGGGUCUUGAGGUAAUGGCUCAUACUAGUAAACAAGACAAAGUACUGAUUCUCUUAGAAGAUAAAUAUAGAUUUGAAUCAGAUCUAUCUUUUUAUACUACAAUUUAAAGUAAAUUAUUUUGAUUUUUUGGUAUUGAUUUCUUACAAAUAUUUAAUAUUUUGUCUUAAUUUAUUAAACAGAUUACCAUGGUCAAUGCA